AAAGAAACGAAUUAGUCCACGAUUUAUUGUCUGUGUGCGAAGAUUCGCCGGAUCAGGAAAUCUUAAUCAAAGCUAAUUAACUAAUUAAGUAAGUUGUUAAAAAAAGGAGGCAGGAGCGGAAGAGUCCAUGAAGAGGCUGAACAUUCUCCGGUACCACCGAACAAUUGUAUUGCGAUUAUUGGCCAAGUUGGAGGGAACGGAUACAUUAUCGUGGAUUUUCUUCUGAAAUGGGAACAGAUUCUAUCUCCGUGUAACUAACUAUUCGAAUGACCUUCGGUAACUUUUUCAGUCAAGGAGUUAGCAUUAACUGUUUAAAUUGACUUGUCGUUGUCGAAGAUUUUAGCAUUUUGCUCUGAUUUUCUUUUUGCGGGACAUCCUUGAAUAUAGUAUUGUUCUUAAAAAUAAAACACCAGGCAGAAUUUCUGCAAAUGGCAACAAACUUAUAACAAGUACAAUUCGGAAAUGAAGGACUUUUAGCUGCAUCUAAGUGUGUGAGGGAAUCUCCUUUAACGACAACUUCAUCGGAGUAAUUGCCUCCAAGCAUUUGCUAAAGGUAACGUUAUGACGGCGAUGGAAGUUUGUGAUAACCUGGAACCUCAUCUCGGGGAGGAAGAUGCCGAAAUUGAUGUUUGUGACACGACACCUGAUGCGGGCGUCUGGUCACCAGGCCAGCUGUAUGGAACUGACGUUGCUUUGGAUUUGAAGAUCAGGCCUAAGGCGGAGGAACUGGACAAUCGACUACAAACAGACUCUUUGGGAAAUCUACCUAAAAGGGAUGAGUUUGGUGUGAGGAAUGAGUCAGAAUCGGAGGAUUUUCGCCCCAAAAUCGAAUCGGACGAUGAUGAUUCAAAUACCUCGAAGACAUUUUCAGAAGAAAUGGAGUGCAAUUCAGUUAGAACUGAAUGUGAAAGCUUUGGACGCGAGACGGGGUGCAACUUGGUGAAAUGUCGCCGUGAAAGCUUUGAACGCGAGUCGGAACAAACAAGUAAUGAAAGCAUGGACUGCCAAUCGCCUAGUGACUCGGAAUCCACCAAAGACUUGGAAAAUAAAAAUCCAAACAACUCUAAAAGUUUUGAAACGAAACACUUGGAAAAUAAAAAUCCACAGAACCAACAACCACAGAAUAAUAAUGUACCAAAACUCACAAACUUUUUCAUCGAGAAUAUCCUAAAACCCGAAUUCGGGCGGCGGAAAGCGGAAUCAAAAAUCAGAAGUGCAUUUACGAAGACGAAGCCACAGCAUCGACAAGAAGGGAAUGAAAAAGUGCGUGAUUUGCCUGGGGCGGUCAAAGAAGAUGUCGCGAAGCUUUCUGCGGUGUCGGUGUGGCCAGCCUGGGUGUACUGCACGAGGUAUUCGGACAGGCCGUCUUCAGGUAAGAAAUGUCCGAGAACGAGAAAAAUCAAAAAGAACAAGGAGAAGAAACCGGAGGAGAAGCGCCCCCGUACGGCGUUCACCAACGACCAAUUGCAGAGGUUAAAGAAGGAAUUUGAGGAGAAUCGCUACCUGACGGAGCAACGGAGACAGGACUUGGCUCGGGAGCUCAAACUCAACGAAUCGCAGAUAAAAAUCUGGUUCCAGAAUAAACGCGCAAAAAUGAAGAAGGCGAACGGGUUACGUAAUCCUUUGGCGGUUCAUUUGAUGGCGCAGGGGCUGUACAAUCAUUCCACUGUGCCCGUGGAGGGGGAAGAUGGGUACGAGGGUGAAGAUGGGGACGGGGGUAACACGGACUCACGGUCCUAAGUUGCAGAUCUAAUAACAUAUAAGAACUAGACGCCGAUCUGACAAACUGACACUGCAUGAGCCCAAGCCAGGGUGGGCAUGCUGUGAUGGGUUUGUGGAAGACAGGUAAUGAUGUGUUGACUGGCGAUAGAAGAACAUCGACAGGAUUUGUUCAGGAAUAUGAACAACAUGGUGAAGGGUAUAUUACAUUUGAUUGGUUGCAUUUCUGACGAAGGUGGACUUUGUGGUUUAGCAUUUUGCUCUAUCAAAACUUUUACAAACAAUCGAAGGAAGACGAAAUCUACAUAUUUCCGACAAAGAAUUGCAUUAUC